GAAAGAUCAACAUUUUAGACAGCAGCGUGAGCGUGACUAUCAAAUCUUCAUAUUCUCUCUCUCCUUUCUCUCCCUCUUUUUUUUUAUUUUUUAUUUUUUAUUUUUUUUUAUUUUAAUACAAAAUACAUCUUCUGUUCUUCUUUCCGUCUUCUCCAAAUUCACAUCUACUGAAAGAAAGAGGAGCGUUCUUCUGAUUUCAAGAAUCAAAGUUUUCCCAAGAAAAUCGAAUUCCAGAGUUUGGUGAAAGGACAAUUGGAAUUGGAAUUGGAAUUGGAAUUGGAAUUGGAAUUGGAACUGGAAUUAGAACUGGAAAAGGGGGGAAAUUGAUUCUAAAAAUGGAAGGUGACACAUUUUCAGGACUAGGAAAUGGUACACAGAUAGACAGUAAAGUAUUGCAGACAUUUCAGAAGAGUUUUGUGCAAGUUCAGAGCAUAUUGGAUCAAAACAGAUUGCUAAUCAAUGAGAUCAACCAAAACCAUGAAUCAAGAAUUCCUGAUAAUCUUUCCAGAAAUGUGGGAUUAAUAAGGGAGCUUAACAAUAACAUCAGAAGAGUUGUUGAUCUUUAUUCUGAUCUUUCUCAUUCCUUAACAAGAUCCAUGGAAGCAUCAUCCGAAGGCGAUUCAAGUGGCGUUCUAAAAUCCGAUGCCAAAGCUACCCACAAGAGAAAUCGGCCCGGUUAGCUCGUUUCCUCACUCCAAUUCGAUUUCCAAACCGUUUGAUUUUUAGAUGUUUUUAAUUCUUUCUCUUUGGUGGUGGGCAUUGAGCUAAAUGCAUAUAUCUAUAUAGUAUGAUUAUCCAUGUAUGUGCAAUUUAAGGUAGAGGAAAAUGAUUUAGAGUUUUUCUGUAACUUUUUGUGUAUUCAAACGGAUACUUACUUCCUGAUACUUACCCUCCCUAAUCUCCCAAUCUUUCUGAUAAAAAAAAGUCAAGUUAUAGUCUUUC